AUGGCGCCCAGCAAGCCCGCUACUGAUGACAGCCAGAAGGCAAUGUUCCACUUUUUCAAGUCGGAAUGGUUUGAUUUCGAACUUGUGCGUCUGCUCGGAUUUGCUCCUUACGAGGGGGCAGAGAUCGCAGAAGUGUUGCAGGCGGUUGGGUCCAUCCGGGACAGUCAUCCAGAGAGCUGGCAUACCGCUUGGUUGCGUGCAGGUACUAAGACAGAAGCUCUGGCAGAGGAGGCGGAACGGACUGGAGAUCGUGUCGCUGCUCGUCGGGCAUACCUCCGCUCGUCGAACUAUAUCCGAGCUGCCCAGUACAUGCUCUCGAGUCGGCCUGGUCAUAUCGACCGUCGCGUGCUCCCGACAUUAGAACGUGCAAUUUCAAAUUUCCAACGCGCGACGUCGUUGAUGGAGGGGGACGUUCGCAUCAUCCACAUUCCUUAUGAGAAAAAGGUCAAGCUGCCUGGCUAUCUAUAUCUUCCCUUGGCGAACAAACGCGUGACAGAGAAGGUCCCUGUUUUGAUCAACAUUGGCGGUGGCGACUCUACACAAGAGGAACUCUAUUUUAUUAAUCCUGUUGCAGGCGUCGAAAUGGGUUAUGCCGUCUUGACGUAUGAAGGGCCUGGGCAAGGAAUCGUGCUGCGACGCGAAGAGCUGACCAUGCGACCUGACUGGGAAGUGGUAAACGGCAAAGUGCUCGACUUUUUGUAUACCUACAGCAACGAGCAUCCCGAAUUGCAACUUGACCUCGAUCGCGUCGCAGUGUGUGGCGCUUCAAUGGGUGGCUAUUAUGCACUUCGAGCUGCCGCAGACCCUCGUGUCAAGGCCUGUGUGUCUAUCGAUCCAUUCUACUGCAUGUGGGACAUAAUGAAAGGCCGAAUGCCUGAAUUUUUAAUUCACAUGUUUGAAACCGAUGGUGGUUUCGCACCUGAUGGCUUUUUUAACGGUCUUGUGGGCUUCCUGCAAUGGUCCAACUUCCAGGCCCGGUGGGAGUUCAAUCAUCUCAAGACAAUCUUCGGCGUAGAGCAGCCGGCGGAUGUUUUCCGCAUGAUGAUGAGCUACACACUUAGCCGACCCGAUGAUCAUGAAUAUCUCGAGCAGGUGCGCUGCCCAGUCUUCGUGACUGGAGCCGCAGCCGCCUUAUAUGCGAAACCAGAGUUCAGCACCGAGCGCAUUUACAAGGCAUUGGGUCAUUUGAAUGACGACCGAAAGUUCAAGUGGCUGGCGAAUGACGCCGCCCAGGGAGGKCUACAAGCCAAGGUGGGAGCAUUUGGAUUGUCGGCUCACCGGACUUUCGCGUGGCUGGACCAACAAUUCGGUAUUGAUCGUAAGAUUGUGUUGAGCGAUGUAGGUAGUCUUUCUAGCAUUGAUCAAUGA